UUUUUUUCCCCCUUCGCCUUCCCUCCCACCUUCCCUCCCCGGCUCUCAUUGGCUGCCCUGCCCAGGGCCAUUCCACAUCUGUAGGCAAAGGAGUUAGGACACUUCAGCUCUUGGUUUCCACGUGCAGCUGCCUCCAUCAAACCCUCAGAUAGGCCAGAAUUCCGUCAUCACUCCAUGGACCCUAGGGGCAUCUUGAAGGCAUUUCCUAAACGCAAGAAAGUUCACGCCAAUCCCUCAUCAAGAGCCUCUUGGAAGAUUCCUAGGAGGGAAGAAGGAGAAGCAGCAGGAGAGUGGCUGAGGGACGUGCGGGCUCACGUCGUGCCUGCUGGCAUUGGGCGAGCCCGCGCAGAACUGUUUGAGAGGCAGAUUGUCCAGCACGGUGGCCAAGUCUGCCCUGCCCAGGGCCCAGGAGUUACUCACAUUGUGGUGGAUGACGGCAUGGACUGUGAGCGAGCCCUCCGCCUCCUGAGGCUGCCCCGGCUGCCCCCGACCACUCAGCUGGUGAAGUCAGCCUGGCUGAGCUUGUGCCUGCAGGAGGGACGGCUGAUGGACACAGCGGGAUUCAGCAUCUUCAUCCCUGACAGGUUCUUGGACCAACCCCAGCUCGACAAGGCCGACCCCGCCUCUCCUUCUCCAGUGGCUGCUGAGACUCUGCUCAGAGCAGCCCCCUCUGCCCCAGCCCGUGCCCCUAGACCGGUAUCUCCUCCUGGGAGAGCAGAGGAGACAUCCAGUACCCAGGCCCAGCCCAGCUCUGAUGACGAAAACAUCGAUGGGGAGGAGGCCCUGGUUAGUGCAGCUGACCUGGAAGCCUUGAUCAGUGGCCACUACCCCACGCCGCCCGAGGGAGAUGCGGAGCCCAGCCCAGGCCUCCCGGACCUGGAGAAGUGGGUCUGUGCCCAGCCAUCGAGCCGGAAGGCGACCAACCACAACCCCCACAUCACAGAGAAGCUGGAAGUGCUGGCCAAAGCCUACAGCGUUCAGGGAGACAAGUGGCGGGCCCUGGGCUAUGCCAAGGCCAUCAAUGCCCUCAAGAGCUUCCACAAGCCUGUCACCACCUACCAGGAGGCCUGCAGCAUCCCCGGGAUUGGGAAGCGGAUGGCCGAGAAGAUCGUGGAGAUCCUGGAGAGUGGGCACCUCAGGAAGCUGGACCACAUCAGCGAGAGUGUGCCAGUCUUAGAACUCUUCUCCAACAUCUGGGGGGCCGGCACCAAGACUGCCCAGAUGUGGUAUCAGCAGGGCUUCCGGAGCUUGGAUGACAUCCGCGACCAGGCGUCGCUGACCACCCAGCAAGCCAUUGGCCUGAAGCACUAUGACGACUUCCUAGAGCGCAUGCCCAGGGAAGAGGCUGCAGAAAUCGAGCAGACGGUCCGGGAGUCCGCUCAGGCCCUGAGCCCCGGGCUGCUGUGUGUGGCGUGUGGCUCGUACCGACGGGGGAAGGCAAGCUGUGGGGACGUGGAUGUGCUGGUCACUCACCCUGAUGGUCGCUCUCAUCAAGGCAUCCUCAGCCGCCUCCUUGAGAGCCUUCGGCAGCAAGGGUUCCUGACCGAUGACCUGGUGAGCCAGGAGGAGAACGGCCAGCAGCAGAAGUACCUGGGCGUGUGCCGGCUGCCAGGGCCGGGCAGGCGGCACCGGCGGCUGGACAUCAUCACGGUCCCCUACAGCGAGUUCGCCUGCGCGCUGCUGUACUUCACGGGCUCGGCGCACUUCAACCGCUCCAUGAGGGCCCUGGCCAAGACCAAGGGCAUGAGCCUGUCCGAGCACGCGCUCAGCAGCGCCGUGGUCCGGAGCCCGCGCGGCCUCAAGGUGGGGCCGGGCCAGGCGCUGCCCACCCCCACAGAGAAGGACGUCUUCCGCCUGCUGGGCCUGCCCUACCGAGAGCCCGCCGAGCGCGACUGGUGACCCUGCUGGGGACCGCAGAGAAGGACGCAGUCCACUCACGACCGGCCUGGCCCGGCCUUCGCCCCGCUCUGCCCCCACCUCAGGAGAGGGGGGACAUGCCCCGGCGCCACGUUAGGUCGGAGCAAGAGGCUGGUUUGACGGCAGCCCGUUCCCCACCCGAGGCGGGGCGGCUGCGGGAGGAGAGUGGGCAGCCGGGCGCUCCCCUAGCCCGGGACCCUUCAGAGUGAAUGAGCCCCUCCCGUGAGUCCCGGGACCCUCUGCUUCCUGUGCAGCUGGGGCAAGGGGUGCCUCUGGCCUGGCCCGGACACGGCCCAGGGGCCCAGUAAAGUGCACUUACCACUCACGCUGCCUGGACUCUGCGAGCGCUGCAGCCCCCAGCCCUGCCCAAGGGUGGCAGGAGGCGGGAACCGGGAAGCCCAGCCGGCUGCUCCCCAAACCAGCUGGCCUCGGUCAGCACCCAGACCCAGAAGCGGGCAGUAGCAAACCUAGCGAAAAGGGAGAGUUGGUGGGGUCAGGAAUUAGGAGCUUGUCCCACCCCCUUCCCGCUGAGCCCCACCCCAGAACCAGCUCUGGGAGGGCCUGGAACCCUGGGGGAAAGACUCAUCCAGAACAACUACAUGGCAAGUUGUGUGCCACUGCUGGGUUGGCAGUCAAGGCAGGCUACCCGGAGGAGGGGAGGAGGUACAGGCUGGCAGAGAAAUAGCCUUUUUGAGACAGGUCAGUGGGCUGUUUGGGAUGACAUAAAGAACCUGCUUCAGAG